GUGAGAGCUCUUCUUUGGACAAGAAUGAAGACAGGCAAAGUCGCUGAGGGAGAAUGUCUCCGUUUAUGAAGUCGUUGACAUUGUCAGGCAGGAGAUUUGUUGCAGCUUGUGUACGGCAUCACUCCUCUCUUACAACUGAGCUGAUUGAAAACAUGGAUAAGAAGGCAACCUGGGACCGCUUCUACACUGAGAACAGCAGCAGGACUAACACCUUCAAAAACUUUGAGUGGUUCUUUGGCUUCGAUGCUGUUCGGGACUUUAUUAUGCCCCUCUUACAGACCAAGGUCCACCCAGAUGCUCUGCUCCAAGUCCUGGAUAUGGGCUGUGGCACUUCAGCUUUGGGGCCCUGUAUUUACAGACACUCUCCUCUCCCGGUCCGGGUCACUUGUGCUGACAUUUCCCCCGUGGCUGUGCGACUCAUGCAAGAACACAUCCAAGCCGAAGCCAUUCAACCUCUCAAUGUUUCUUCUCAGCUUGAGUUUGUAGAGCUGGACUGCACGCAGCUUCACAAGCACUGUGGUUUUAGCAGUGUGGACGUUAUAGUUGAUAAAGGCACCACAGACGCGUUGUUGAGGUCUAAGGAAGGGAGAAAGAAGGCCAGUCUGGUGUUGAAACAGUGUUUGAAGGUGUUGCAGAGCUCUGGAUCUCUGCUCCAGUUCUCGGAUGAGGACCCUGAUGCAAGGCUGCCGUGGCUGGAGGCUGAGGCACAGGAGCCUGGGCUGUUGGCAGCAGAUGUUGGGGUGCAGGAGGUUGGGGAGCUGAGGGGAAUGUUGUACUACUGCUACCAAGUGACUCCUCGCCCGGUUGUAUAGCAGUGAUCUUCCACCUCUGCAUGGUCAAAAUAUUAGAUGAUUAAAUAAUUUAACAUGAUUGUUCAAAAA